CCUUAAGUCUGUCGCACUUCUUACGCUAUUGGACCUUAGGAAAAUUCCCAACAUGGGUCCAGUUAGUAGGUCUCGGUCUAAAAGCCCAGUAAUGAAAAGUGAAAUCAGAAUGGACGAUUUUAAACGUCAGGAUGCCAAACGAGAUCGCUCACGGUCGAAAGAAAGGAGAGAACGAUCUCGCUCAAAAGAGCGAAAAGAUCGAGACGUUAAAGAUGAACGGAGGGACAGGGAUGAGCGUAAACAUAAACGGCACAGAUCAAAAAGUCGAGAAAGGGAGAGAAAGAGAAGUAGAAGUAAAGAGAGACGGCCCAUCCGCAGCAGAAGUGCAGAAAGAUCAAAGCAUGGUGAAGGGAGAGAGAAGAAUCGUCGCAGAUCUCGAUCGCCAAAGGACAGGGAUAGUGGCAGAGAGAAAGAGAUUAAAGAAGAUGAAGUUCUGAAGAAAGUUCCUCUCUCCCUAGAAGAGCUGCUUGCUAAAAAGAAAGCAGAAGAAGCAGCACAAAGUAAACCCAAGUUCUUGACCAAGGAGGAGCGAAUAGCUGAGGCUUUGCGGAAGAGGCAAGAGGCAGCUGAUCUACAGCGUCAGAAGAUGGAAGAAGAAAGGAAAAAAAAUAUAGAAUUCAUGAAGGCUGGCAGAGAUGCUGUUGUGGAUGACUACGAGCGUGAGAGAAAGGAGAGGAGAGAGCGUCGUGAGAAAGAACAAGAAGAUAAAGAAGAACCUGACAAAAGACGUGUUGAUAAAGACAAAGAAAAGGAAUCAGAAGCAAUAAAGGAGCGGUAUCUAGGGAUCAUCAAAAAGCGCAAGCGUGUAAGACGACUGAAUGACCGGAAGUUUGUUUUUGACUGGGAUGUUGGUGAUGACACAUCAAAUGAUUACAAUAACCUAUAUAAAGACAGACAUCAAGUUCAGUUCUUUGGCCGAGGCAAUGUCGCAGGCAUUGAUAUCAAGGCUCAAAAGAAAGAUCAGUCCAAAUUCUAUGGUGAACUUUUGGAGAAACGAAGAACAGAUGCAGAGAAGGAGCAAGAGAAGAAGCGAUUGAAAACUGUUGCAAAGAAGGAGGCCAAGCAGAAGUGGGAUGACCGGCACUGGUCAGAGAAGUCCUUGGAUGAGAUGACCGAACGUGACUGGCGUAUCUUUCGUGAGGAUUAUAACAUCUCAUGCAAGGGUGGGCGCAUUCCUAACCCUAUUCGUUACUGGCGUGAAUCCAAACUGAGUGCAGACAUCUCGGAUGUUAUUGAAAAAGUUGGCUACAAGGACCCAACUCCUAUACAGAUGCAAGCCAUACCAAUUGGCUUGCAGAAUCGUGACAUCAUCGGUGUAGCUGAGACUGGCAGUGGUAAAACAGCAGCUUUCCUGAUCCCACUGCUCGUAUGGAUUCAGUCUUUGCCCAAGAUUGUCAGACUUGAAGAUGCUGACCAAGGACCUUAUGCCAUUAUUCUAGCCCCUACACGUGAGCUGGCUCAGCAAAUUGAAGAAGAAACCAAGAAGUUUGGCGAGUGUCUUGGUAUUCGUGUUGUAUCUGUCAUUGGUGGUAUUUCUCGUGAAGAGCAGGGUUUCAAACUUCGCCAAGGAUGUGAGAUUGUCAUUGCUACACCUGGUCGCUUGAUUGAUGUGCUGGAAAAUAGAUACCUGGUUCUCAGCCAGUGCACAUAUGUGGUCAUGGACGAGGCAGACCGCAUGAUUAACAUGGGCUUUGAACCUGAGGUGCGCAAAAUUCUGGAUUAUCUUCCAGUUUCCAAUCAGAAGCCAGAUACUGAAGAAGCAGAAGAUGACUCAAAGAUGUUGGAGAACUUUCACAGCAAGCACAAAUAUCGUCAGACAGUGAUGUUCACAGCCACUAUGCCACCACCUGUAGAGCGUCUGGCCAGGACCUUUCUUCGUCGUCCAUGUGUUGUAUACAUUGGCAAUGUUGGCAAGCCAGUAGAACGUGUUGAACAGAUCAUUUACAUGGUCACAGAAUCCGAGAAGAGGAAGAAGCUGGUGGAGGUGCUGAACGCUGGUUUGGAGCCGCCAAUCAUCAUCUUUGUGAACCAAAAGAAGGGAGCUGAUGUGCUGGCUAAGUCUCUCGAGAAGAUGGGAUUCAACGCCACUACACUGCACGGUGGUAAAGGCCAGGAGCAGAGAGAGUACGCGCUGGCAAGUGUCAAAGGGGGCGCCAAGGACAUCAUGGUGGCUACUGAUGUGGCUGGCCGUGGUAUUGACAUCAAAGAUGUGUCUCUCGUCAUCAACUAUGACAUGGCUCGCACGAUCGAAGACUACACGCAUCGUAUUGGUCGAACGGGUCGUGCUGGCAAAGAAGGCACAGCGAUAACCUUCGUCACAAAGGAGGACAGCGCCAUUUUCUACGACCUCAAGCAGCUGCUGCUGAGCAGCCCGGUCUCAACGUGUCCUCCAGAACUCGCCAACCACCCCGACGCACAGCAGAAACCGGGAACAGUCACACAGAAAAAACGCAAAGACGAAAAAGUUUUCAUCGCAUAGUGAUUUUAAAGGGUUUGUCAUUUAUGUAUAAGGUUUUUUUGAGUUGAGUUACUCUUAUGUGACUUAUGCAAAAUCAUGAGAACUGAAAAUGUUUCUUGCUUUCAAGGCUUAUGAUGUUGAACUUGUGUAGUUUGUAUCUGGGAUAGUAAAAUUGUUUACGACUGUGUAUACAAUUGUUACAAAAAAAAAAAAAAAGAGAAAUGAAUAAAGCGCAUCAUUGUUUAGAA